CAGUCCAGACCAGAGCUGAGAGGCAGAGACAGAGAGGCCUCACUCUGCAGAGUGGGAGAACUGCACCCUCUGGGGCUGCAGUUUGAGGGGACAAACAACCUCACAUGGACGCUGGCAGAACAGAUCAGGUCAGCCGCAGCUCACCAGCAGCAGAUUGUGAUGCAAAUCCAAUCAUCAAGGAGAGCUUUGCUAAGCAGCUGCUCCGCAGUAAGAGGCAGGAGCGACCGAUGAAGGCCGGACACCCCGACGAGCCAAUGAGGGAGCACAUGCUGCACAUGCAGGCCCUGGAUCAGAGGGCCCAGGAGACCAACAUGGAGCACUGGUUGAACCCUCACUGCCCCCCUCGCUGCGACAGGAACUAUGGAUACCCCGUGUAAAGAUGGCAAAGAAAAUGACCAGGAGUGACUCAACGUGGACACUACGGUGAAAAAAAGGAAAUAUAUAAACUCUUUCCCUUGUUUCCUUUUUCUUUCUUCUCCCAUAUAACGAUAAUGUGAAGACAAGCACUGCAUAUUUACUGCAUUGUCUUCUUAAAAUUUUGUAUCAGCUGUGUAAUUUGCUGUUCUUGUAGUUUCUUCAUUUAUUUUCACAUAGUUGUGUAUCAUCACAAUGGAAAUUGAAAACGGUGAAUGGAAUCAAGAAUAAAUAAAUCAUGGAUUCCGACAACAA